GCCGGCCUUUCAUUCACACCACCCAAUGAUAGCAAGGCUUUGAGGGUACCACGCACACGCUUUAUCUCUCUCCUCCUCUCCCCGCUCUCCUCCUACUUGUUGUUUCAGAACCCCUAGCGGCUUCAUUUUGUAAUAAGAUGGCGGAGGAUGGAGUGAACCCUAAGGCCUACCCUCUCACUGGACCCGACCUCACCGUCACCAUCUUGGACCUCAUCCAGCAGGCGUCCAACUACAAGCAGCUCAAGAAGGGUGCCAACGAGGCUACCAAGACCCUGAACCGCGGCAUCUCCGAGUUCAUCGUCAUGGCAGCCGACGCGGAACCGCUGGAGAUCCUCCUGCACCUCCCUUUGCUGUGCGAGGACAAGAACGUGCCGUACGUGUUUGUCCCGUCGAAGGUGGCUCUCGGACGGGCUUGCGGUGUCUCUCGCCCCGUGGUUGCUUGCUCUGUCACCACCAACGAGGCUUCACAGCUCAAGAGCCAGAUCCUCACGCUCAAGGACCAGAUCGAGCAGUUGCUCAUCUAGGUUAUGGACCAUCUGAGAAAAAACAGAAAUGGAUUAGGUGCUGGGGGGGGGGCGUCGGCGUCACUUGUUGCCGUGCACCACUCCACAGGGAAAAUAAUGGUGUGCGUCUUGUAGGGAACAGUCUGCCGUCCCCCCUCGUCUGCGCCUGCGUUGUUGUCCCGUUCCCCUCUCAAGUUUGCGUCCCCUAUUUGUGGUCGUACCCGUAGUCCCGUUCAGAGCUGAGAGCGGUGUUUGGUAGUAGAUUGUUUAGGACAUGCAGGGGCAAGCCGGACGACGGAUUGGGGCGUGGGGGAUAACAAGGCGCGCGUGUUUUUUUAUGCGUCGAGCGCUCGCGGGAGGAGUGAUUCACGGCACCCAGGAGGAACAAGCGUGGAGUUCUCGUUGCCUGUUUUGUUGUUGCUCUCGUUAGGUGGAUGUUGAGUGUAUUUUUUUUGUUGCUUCAGGGCGUUACUUGGUCGAUCCUGUAGAUGGAUGGGUUUCACGAAGACGAGAACUGAAGAAAAAGAAGUUAAAUUACGAGGAAAACGAAGUAUAUUCGUUCUUGCUGUGUUGGCGGAUCGCUCCAGGCGCAUUUGUUUCGCGACGUGGGACUACUCCUUGGACACAACACGCAACCGAGACCUCGUAUCGCAAACAAUCCGCAUAGCGUAGGGAAGCCGAAAUCAAAAACAUCAGACCUACUCAAUUUGGUACCAGCUUGGUCGUGUCCCGGUGCACACUGCUCUGCCAUGGUCUACUCCUG